CAGCGACUCGGGUUGUGCGACCUGCCGUACUACAACUCCCAUGUCUCCUCCGCUUCUUGUGUAUGCGUUUGGCGUCUUCGUUGUUACGUGGGUCCUUGCGCACGCGCACCUCGUCCCGAAGCCCAUAUCCGGCAUUCCCUACAACACUCUCGCGAGAUACAUGCCAUGGGGUGAUCUCAUCACUCUAGGAAUUCACAACUGGCUCACCGGCGGCGUGUUUGACUGGUUCUCGCUGCAAUGCCUCAAACACAGGUCACCUUUAAUCCAAGUCUUCAUUCCGUCUUUUUCAACGACGCAUCCCACUGUGGUCCUCGCUGAGCUGAGAGAAAUCGAGGAUAUCGUGACUAGAAGAGCUGUUGAGGUUGAUCGUGCUGAUACUAUGCAUAUCUGGUUCGGCAUAGUAGCGCCGAGAGCAACGAUUGGGAUGAAGAGUGAAGAUCGGUCGUUCAAGGAACAGCGGAGAUUGUGGAAUGUAGUGCUUAGUCCGCGGUUCUUAGAGGAUGUCGCUGUGGAGAGAUUUGGUGAGGUUGCAGUCAAGCUCGCCGAUUUAUGGAAGAAAAAAUCAAACAUAGUACAAGAAGAAUUAGCGUUUCAAGUGCAAGACGAUAUGAGAAUAGCAACUUUGGAUGGGAUCUGGAAGAUGAACGUUGGUUCUGAACUGGGGCUGUUGAAUGCUAAGCUGGAACGAUUGGAGCAGCCAAAGGCGGUAAGAAAGAGUGGGAAUGGUAAAGCCGUAUUUUCAAACACGGUGAUGCCUGAGUUUUACAGUAUAUUGGGGACGCUGUUAAUGGUCUUGGACUGGGUAAUGCAAGGCAUCAGUCCGCGAAUGUACACCUGGUUCUUCAACACGACAGGUAUACUUGCGCGCGCAGCAAAGAGGAAGGACGAGGUACUGAAACGGUGCAUCGCCAUCUCUCGAGAAAGAGUACAUCAGAAUUCUGGCAGCGAGCCCAUAGAUACGACCUGCGCCCUUGGCGAGGUAAUGCGGAAAGACUUCUCACUAAAUAGCAAGGCAAGCGAAGCCGCAAGCAACGGGGCAUCCGGUGACGAUGCCCUGACGGACGAACUCCUCGAGCUUCUCAUCACUGGCCAUGAGACCACCGCAUCCUCCAUCUCAUGGGCCCUUAAGUUUCUGACCGACCACCCUGAAGUCCAAUCACGACUUCGAACGUCGUUAUACGCUGCAUUUCCAAACUCAACACUACCGACUGCGAAAGAUAUUUACACCACACCCUUAUCAUACCUUGAUGCCGUCAUUGCCGAAACUCUGCGCUUAUCGUUGACGGGUCCGAUUUCCUUUCGCCAAACACUAGUGCAAUGCGAUAUUCUGGGUCACACAGUGCCCGCUGGGACACCGCUCGUUCUAGUCACUGCUGGACCAUCAUAUGACUCACCCGACAUGCCAUUCGUACCAGAGUAUCUCCGCUCAAAGACAUCCCAAGCCACAUAUCUUCGAAAGCAUACUCAAACGUACCCGAUAGCUCCAGCCACUGACAGUCUCCACGCCUUCAACCCUGCUCGCUGGAUUCGUGAAGAUGGAACGUUCGCUCCAGAUGCAGUGCACAUGCUGCCUUUCUCUGCCGGCCCGAGAGGGUGUUUCGGGAAGAAGAUUGCGCUCUUGGAAAUGAGAAUCAUGCUCGCGGUGUUGAUGAUGCGGUUUGAGUUUCCGCGGCUGAGGAAGGGGUUGAGUGGGUAUGGCGCUGUAGAUGGAUUGACAAGGCGGCCGACGUGUUGUUAUGUUCAGCCGAAGACUAUUGGUACAAGGGCUUAGAAAGAUUUGAUAGAGGUUAAGAGAUUAUGAUAUAGACGUCAGUUUCCUUUGGACGGUUUCUACCAUGUCGAGAUUGAUUGCCAUGUGAAUUGAGAUAUCUCGAGUUGAAUAGCUCUUGCAAGAUAUUUGAGCUCCUCUCAAUCACCACAUAUGGGGGAGCUCGUAAGAAGACUUGGCGCGCCCUGUUUGAUAGCAAAACACUUCGUUCUUCAACGCU